GCCAGGGAGUGGCUGGGACGGUCCGACUGUUUUCUUUAGGACUGGGGUUGGGCAGAGGGCUGCAGUGGACACCAGUGAGGAGUCGCUGACCUGCAGACACAUUAAAGGAGGUUUAAGGCUGGCGUUAUGAGAGUGGGAGCUGCAGCCUUGGCUGGGGGGAUUUUCGGGGCAAUAGGGACCCUGUGCUUCCUCCUGGCCUUUGGUACAGACUACUGGCUGGUGGCCAGCGACAACUGUGGACCAUAUACAUGGCCGACACAAACAACAACGACAGGGGGACGAGAUGCCAAUGGGACUGAGAUCCAGUUAGUGGAGGCAGUCACUGUUUCGCCGGCGUCCCUCACUCUGCACCACGAGGGAUUUUUCUGGCGCUGUGUGUUUCAGGUGGAGCCCACAGCACAUGCAGUCCUGGCCACUCUCUUCACAAACCAGCCAGAGUCCAAGGUGUGUAUCCAUGGUUACCUGUUCCCGCUGCCUGUCGCACUUGGACAAGUUCCUCAUCCGAACUAUGAUGCUACUGCAGUGUUUCGGGGUUUCUGGACCGUGCUGAUAAUCCUCGGCCUGGUCUCAGCUCUGAGCGGAGGCUUCCUCUUGGUCUGCGGCGUCCCAUUCAUCAGUCACAAACUGUACAAGCUGGGCGGGGCCUUCCUCAUCGCUGCUGCCUGCUUGUUCCUGUCCGUGCUCCUGCUCUACGUCCUGUGGAUGGAGGUGGUGGACGUGAAGCGCUACAUCCUGCAGGAGAGAGGGGAAGCGUGUCCGAACGCGCAGGUUUCGGUGCUGUACGGCCUUUCGUUCAUGGUGGCGGCGGCCGGCGUGCCCCUGGAGCUCGUCUCCGGGCUGGUCUUCAUGCUGGUGGGCCGAGCGCUGCGAGCCAGCAAGUGAACCGGCCAUCUGUGCAGUAGGAGAGGAGAGGACUGACCUUUUUAUGUCCUGCACUGGGACUCAGCAGCACACUUGUGGGAUGUAAAUACCAGCUGGAGAGACAAUAACACAGCACCACACUGUUGGAUGGUCAUUUUCUAUCACUUUCUUUGGUUAAUUCCUAUAAAACCCCCCCCUAUUUACUUUAAUAUAUCAUCACAAAAAGUCA